AUGUCUUUAUUCCUGACUGUUCUCUCACAAAUAGUAGGAUGGAUCUAUUUUGCAGCAUGGUCUGUUAGUUUUUACCCUCAAAUCCUCCUUAACUACCAGCUCAAGCACGUCUCAGGCUACUCAUUGGAUUUUGGAGUCUUAAAUUUCAGUGGAUUUUUAGCUUACUCGUUAUACUCAAUCUGGGGAUAUAUAGAGCCUGGGAUAAUGCCAGGCCAAGUCGACUGGUCUGAUAUAGCAUUUGCCUGUCAUGCCUGGCUUAUAACAACAAUAACCCUUAUCCAAUGCAAUUACUAUGACUCUGUAUGAAAUAGGACCGCUCUAUGGGUGAAGCUUUUAACCUUAUUUUUCUGGGUCUCUGGUGCAAUAUACGGAAUUUUGCAAUUAACAGGAAAUAUGAUUACAGCUAAAGACUGAAAUGGCUGCCUUUAUCUUGGGUACAUAAAAGUCUUUAUUACAUUGAUUAAAUAUUUGCCUCAAGUCUAUAUGAAUUACUCAAGAAAAAGUACUAUAGGGUGGAGCAUUAUGAAUGUAUUAUUGGACUUUACAGGAGGAUCUUUGAGUAUUUUACAGAUAUUUAUAGAUGGAGCUAAUACAGGGGAUUGGAAUGUGUUUGGGAAUGGAGGGGCUUUUAAUGUGGCGAAAUUCUGUUUAGGAUUUUUAUCAAUGUCUUUUGAUGUUAUUUUUAUGAUACAGCAUUAUGUGCUAUAUAGAGAAAAUAAUAACAAAGGAGUGGUUAAAGGAGUUGACCUUGACCCACUUUAUAAAAACCGUCAUGAUUAA